GGGGGCUGCCGCGGCCGCCGGAGCCCACGUACAUGCGAGUGCCCUCUCCGCUCACCAGCAUGCUUUACUUCCAGAUGGUGAUCAUGGCAGGGACCGUGAUGCUGGCUUAUUAUUUCGAGUACACGGACACCUUCACGGUCAACGUGCAAGGCUUCUUCUGCUACGAGGGCGCGUACCGAAAGCCCUACCCGGGCCCGGAGGACCGCAGCGCCGUGCCCCCGGUGCUCCUCUACUCGCUGACCGCAGGCGUGCCCGUGCUGGUGAUUAUCGUUGGAGAAACUGCAGUGUUUUGUCUACAGUUAGCUACAAAGGAUUUUGAAAACCAAGAAAAAACAAUAUUAACUGGAGACUGUUGUUAUAUAAAUCCACUGGUGCGCAGGACCAUCAGAUUCCUUGGAAUUUACGCGUUUGGACUGUUUGCUACGGACAUCUUUGUAAAUGCUGGACAAGUAGUAACAGGGAAUCUUGCACCACAUUUUCUUGCACUUUGUAAACCCAACUAUACAGCACUUGGAUGUAAACAGUAUACACAAUUCAUCAGUAGUGUACAUGCCUGUACUGGAAAUCCAGACCUUAUCAUGAAAGCCAGAAAGACAUUCCCAUCCAAAGAAGCAGCACUAAGCGUAUAUGCAGCUAUGUAUCUGGCUAUGUAUAUCACCAACACAGUAAAAGCCAGAGGAACAAGGCUUGCAAAACCUGUUCUGUGUUUGGGCUUAAUGUGCUUGGCUUUCCUUACUGGAAUCAACAGAGUAGCAGAGUAUCGAAAUCACUGGUCAGAUGUAAUAGCAGGAUUUAUAAUUGGAAUAUCUAUAGCAGUAUUUUUGGUUGUUUGUGUGGUAAAUAACUUCAGAGGACGUCAGCCAGAACAUGAACAUUCUCAUAUGGAUAAUCUGGUCCAGAUGCCCAUGAUCAGCAUACCCCGAGUAGAAAGCCCUUUAGAAAAGUCCACAGAGCUUGAAAACCACAUCACGGCCUUUGCAGAAGUCACAUGAUGUUGAUGCUGAUGUAUAUUCACUCCAUUGGACUUCAUCUCUUUUCACAGCCCCCACACGAUAAUUGCAGUGUAUCAAAAAUAAGAAAUUUUUAGAAGUCCUAUUUCUGACUUGAUUUUUACAUCAUUAAAAUGAUACCAACAUUUUGAAGAAUUCUUAAAUAUUAGAACGUCACUUUACUUUCUAGCAAAAAUAUUAACUGUUUACUUUUUGAUGGAAUGGGACAAACUGAGCACUAAUUACAUUUACCUGACAAUACCCUCUAUUUUGGCUUCUCAUUGUUUUUAAUGGUUCAUGUACCUAUUCCAACAGUACUUCAUAUUUUGAUUUGACUUUGAUUUUUAAAACCUACAUUUUUAAUUCAGCAUGAACUUGUUUCCAUUUGAGGCGAUUUCAGUGUAUAAAAACUAGACAAAUAUUACGUUCUGUAUGAAAAUGCUGUUUGCACAUUGUAUUACGCUGUAUUCCAUGUAAGAUAUCAUUCAAACAGUAUGUUAUAUGUACGACUGGUGCUUCUGCUUUUGAAGAGGAAAAAAAUGCCGAUUUUUACUGUAAUAAGUAUUGUAUCAUAAUUAAAAGUUUAUUUAUUUGGAUAU